AUGUCCAGCUCUUCGCUGUCUUCCGUGGGUGGCGCCGGCGGCUCGCAAUGGCAGACCGCAUCGGCCAUCGUGGCACGGCCACUACCUGUGUCCGGUUCGCACAUCCUGAAGAUCGACGGCUACUCCCGCACCAAGAACCUCGUCACCGGCAAAGGUAUCAAGUCCGAGACGUUCGUCGUCGGACGCCAUCGCUGGUACAUCAGGUACUUCCCCGACGGCCACUCGCCAGGCCAAGCUGGUUGGAUAUCCAUCUAUCUGUAUCUUGUUGACACUGCUGGUGUCGACGAAGUCAAUGCACGGUGCAAGAUCAGUUUGCUUGACCAGGACGGUGAGCCCGUGACGUCGCACGGCCUGGACAGCCAGACCUGCUUCACCUUCUCCAGCCAGUCGGGGCCAUGGGGCUGUGCUCAGCUCAUCACCAGAAAGGACCUGGAGGAAUCAGUUUACCUCAAGGAUGAUGGCUUCAGUGUCAAGUGCGAAAUCACCGUGCCCAGGGAGAUCUUCACGGAGCCCGUCUCCCUCCUUGUUGCAGCACCGCCGUCCGACAUGCACCGCCAUUUUGGUCAGCUCCUCUCCAGCGGCGAGGGGUCGGAUGUCACGUUCCAGGUCGGCGGUGAGACCAUUGCGGCGCACAGGUGCGUGCUCGCUGCUCGGUCGUCAGUGUUCAUGGCUGAGCUGUUUGGUCCGAUGAAGGAGACGACGGAUGCCUGUGUACCAAUCUCUGACAUUGAGGCCGAAGUGUUCAUGGCAAUGCUUUACUUCAUCUACACUGACUCGCUGCCCUCCAUAGACGACGCCGAGGUGGUCUCGAUGGCUCAGCAUUUGCUUGUUGCGGCUGACAGGUAUAACCUGGAGAGGCUGAAGUUGCUCUGCGUGGAGAAGCUCUGCAAGCACAUGGACGCAAGCACUGCAGCGACUUCGUUGGCGCUGGCUGAGCAGCAUUCGUGCCGCGGGCUCAAGGCCAUAUGCUUCAAGUUCCUUGCGUCGCCGGGCAAUAUCCUGAAGGCUGUCGUGGCCAACGAUGGCUUUGAGCAUGUCAGGAGCAGCUGCCCGUCUGUCCUCAAGGAGCUUGUGUCUAAGCUUGCUCCUUGA